AUGUUCCUUGUUGCUCUAGGACUGCUGGUGCCAGUCGCAGUAGCUGAAUUUCUCAUUGGCCUGGUUGGAAAUGGGGCCCUUAUGGUAUGGAGUUUCAGAGAAUGGAUCAAAAAAGUCAAGGGAUUCUCAUAUAACCUCAUUGUCUUGGCUGCGGGCUGCCGGUUUCUUUUGCAGUGGAUCAUGAUGCUGGACAUAAUCCUGCUUCCAUUUUUCCAGAACAACCAUUGGCUUCGCUAUCUCAAUAUUUUUUGGGUAUUGGUAAGCCAGUCUAGCCUGUGGUUUGCUACUUUCCUUAGUGUCCUUUACUGUAAGAAGAUCACGACCUUCGCUCACCCUGCCUACUUGUGGCUGAAGCAGAGGGCCUAUAGCUUUAGUUUCUGGUGUCUUCUGGGACAUUUUCUCAUCAAUUUGAUACUUACAGUCAACAGUGGCUUAAAGCCCUACAGUUUUACCCAUGGAAACGACAACAUUCCACACCUCUUUUCAAGCUGGCACACUCGUUUAGUAUUUCAGCUUGUAGCAGGAAGUUGGUUUCCUUUCAUGAUGUUUCUUGCUUCCUCCGGGGCGCUGAUUGUCUCUUUGUACAGGCACCACAGGAAGAUGAAUGUCCAUAAAGCUGGUAGGAGAGAUGCCCGAGCACAGGCUCACAUUACUGCCCUGAGGUCCUUGGGCAGCUCCCUUGUACUGUACUUGGUUUAUAUUGUAGCCACCCACUUCUCCCUCAUGUCCCAAUAUUCUCCUGCUGAUCUCACCAGGGUCCUCAUCUGUGAAACAUUCAUGGCUGCCUACCCAUCUCUUCAUUCUGUUAUACUGAUUAUGGGGAUUCCUAUGGUGAAGCAGACUUGUCAGAGAAUCCUGUGGAAGACAGUGUGUGCUUGGAGAUCCUGA